GACUCAGGCGUCGGAGCGGGCGGCCGCGGGCGCCGCCGCCUCCUCCUCCAUGGCUGUUUACCCGGCUGCAUUGUGGGAGUUUGACCUCCGCCGCCGCCAACCGCCGCUUCGGCUUGCGCCGCCGCCGCCGCCGCGCACGCCAUGGGAGCCGUGACUGACGAUGAAGUGAUACGGAAGCGUCUCCUCAUUGAUGGAGAUGGUGCUGGAGAUGAUCGAAGAAUUAAUUUGCUAGUGAAAAGUUUCAUUAAGUGGUGCAACUCUGGAUCCCAAGAAGAAGGAUAUAGCCAGUACCAACGUAUGCUGAGUACACUGUCUCAAUGUGAAUUUUCAAUGGGCAAAACUUUGUUGGUGUAUGACAUGAAUCUCAGAGAAAUGGAAAAUUAUGAAAAAAUUUACAAAGAAAUAGAAUGUAGCAUUGCUGGAGCUCAUGAAAAAAUUGCUGAGUGCAAAAAGCAGAUUCUUCAAGCAAAACGAAUACGAAAAAAUCGCCAAGAAUAUGAUGCUUUGGCAAAAGUGAUUCAGCAUCAUCCAGACAGGCAUGAGACAUUAAAAGAAUUAGAGGCUCUUGGAAAAGAAUUAGAGCAUCUUUCACAUAUUAAAGAAAGUGUUGAAGAUAAGCUGGAGUUGAGACGGAAACAGUUUCAUGUUCUUCUUAGUACCAUUCAUGAACUUCAGCAAACAUUGGAAAAUGACGAAAAGCUCUCAGAGGUAGAAGAAGCUCAAGAAGCAAGCAUGGAAGCAGAUCCUAAGCCAUAGGCAGGCAAAUCACCAUUCCCAAGAAUAUUGAAAGAGCUAUGUGAUCUUAGUGUGUUUAGAAUUUGUUGUGCUCUUGACGUAUUUGAAGUUGUGGCAGUGAAGUGCUUUGCUUUUAAAUAUUAAUGCACAUCUCAUUUAUAUUUCUUCACACAAAGGAAAUGGCUUCAGUAUAUAUUUGUUUUUAUUGAAAUGCAUUUUUCAUUCUUAAAAGGUAGGAAGCAACACCAAAAAAUGUUUAAUAAAAUGUCUUCAAGCUACAUGUUUGUGCCCAUUAGUAACUGGUAACAUUGAUAGCCUUAUAAGUAAAGACUGUGAAAAGGUGGCAUUUCUAGGAUGUACAUGGGAUGAUGAGUCCAUUUCUGGAAAUCAUUACCACUUUAGAAAAUUAAGUCCAUGAGUGGGCUUCUGGAGGGCCAUGAACCUGUGAAAUUACAUGCACAAUGUUUACGGUGUAUGUUUACUGUGGGAGGAGGUUCUGUGAUGUUAAGAAUCACUGGUGUCAGAGGUAAUUACAAGAGCCAAAGUAAAUCCAUAUGCAUUGCCUUCUAUAGCUCUCUCCAGUACUUGAGGAAUGUGAUUGUUAAAUAUUUUCUUUUAUGUUUUUUUCUCUUCUGUUUUGGUCUUUAGAAGUCAUUUUCAAUCAGAAAACAUAUUAAUAAAAUGGAAAGUUAUUUGAA